CAGUACAGUAUGUCGGUAACUACAAUAUGGCAAUAGCAAAAUUUCACUCAGAAUACGUAGUCUGCGUUACGGUCUCAGGUCGAGCAAUAUACAGUUGGCUUUACCGCUAAAAGAACUCUUGAUAGCAUAUUUGGCUAAUUAGCUAGGUAGCCAGCAAAAUCAAACCCUGCCCGGGCUGAUAACCUCCAGGUUUAUUCCAGCUCAGGCCAUUUGAGACAGCAUCCCCCAUGCUCUAUGACCUGGUGCCUGACACUAAUGGACCCUGUACUGACCCAACAUGCAAAUGGCGGACGUGCAGAAGAAUGAAGACUCUCUUGACGGUCUGGGACAGAACAAGCCUCUAAAGACUCAGAUGGCCUCUUUGCCAGAGAAGCAAGGUGACGGCCCCCUUCGAACAGAGCCAGGUCUGCUCUCUAUGCCCUGCCUGCUGCUGGAGUCCCAGACAGACGCCCCAGAGUCACAGCCGACUUCCACAGAGAGCGUGAAACUGCUGUCUUCAGACCAAACCUAUGAAAGUGACUCUUCCAACCAAUGCAUGCCCUCCCCCACUUCCAGCGGCCAUAUGGCAGAUUCUGACACCCUAUCCUCUGGGGAGGAGGAUGCCAGCACACAGUCGGGGGCCCUCGGCCCUGCUGAGGAGGAUAUUCCGACUUUACAGGCCCCGGACCAAACAGCAACUGGCGUCAGGAAGGCUCGGCGAAUCCGGUCUGAGAGCGAGGCGUCCUGCACUACCGCCAUGGUGGCUAAGAAAAAUCGCUGGCAGCCUAGCGAGGGCGAGAGGCAGCCAAAUGGCCGGCGCGCGAAGGCCAUCGUCCACUGGAGCCGGAAGCAGAAGGACAGGAUACGGACGCUGCGGCAGAAGCGCGAGGCCGCAGCCAGGAAGAAGCACAGCCUGCUGCAGGACAGCAGCACCAGCGACAGCGACAUGACCUGCGACUCCAGCUCUGCCUCCUCCGAUGAUGUUGAGGAGGCGUCAGGAAGCAGGGAGGCAUUCAUCACGGGCAGACCAGCUGGCUUCAGUUUCACUGAGGGGUCCGUGGGCGGAGCCGGUCAGACUCUGGGCCUGGUGGGCAGCAGGGCAUGCUGGGACCGGAACAGCCUCGGGAGCGUGCUCGAAGAGGCCAUGACUCGUUUCGCCGUGAUGCAGCGCAGGACCGAGGAGCGCUUCCGCGUGUGGAUGGAGCUCACCCAGCUGCACUCCGACAAGGAGUCGUCCAACCACUCCAGCGACCCCAGGGAUCUGACACGGCACGAGGGCCAGCAGAGGGCACCGCGCCCCCCCACGCCCAACUCUCUACUGCCCUCAUCCGAGCCCCGGGAGCACACUGAGCCAUACGUUAACCAUCUGCAGAAUGUCAGCACGGAACUGAUCCCCCUCAACAACAAUCCGUCCCAGCUGGAUUCCCAGAAUGGUAACCUGUCUGAACAGGAUACCAAGCUGAACCAAUAUGAGUCCAAGUCCAUCUUGGACUAA